UUGAGAUGCCUUGAAAAAAGUAUUACAUGUCCUUGAAAGUAACAUUUAAAAUUGUAUGGAUCUAAUUCUCUUUCUAGUUCUUAGUUUGUGCAUAACAUGUUGCAAAGUUGAGGCAAGAAGAGAAUUUUUACAAGAUGAGCAAAAUAAUUUUACUCUAUCAUAUAGCCUCAAGGAUUUUAUGGCCGAUAAAUUUGAAUGUGUUAAUAUCUACAAGCAACCUGCUCUACAACACCCUUUACUAAAAAAGCACAAAAUUCAGCUUCUCCCAACUUUUGCAAAGAACAUAGUGCGAAGUAGACCAUCAUAUGGUAAAACAAUCAAUGAUUGUCCAUUGGAAAAAGUGCCUAUUUACAACAGGAGAAGAAGACAUCAGAUUAUUACCAAUUCAUCUUCAAAAUUACAAAUUGAUGAUUUUCAAAGGCAUUCUAAAAGUUCCCCUGGCUAUCAUGUAAGUGGAUAAUUUUAAUCAAUACAUUAAUUUUACAUGAAAUUUAAAACAUUAUGUAUUUACCAAUAUUAGGAAAAAAGGACCAACAAAAUUAAUUCCGCACCAAGACAGAGCACAAAACAAAGUCGUACUCUGAUGACGGAAUCAAAAAAGAAAAUAUAUAUUUAA